AUGGCUGAAGACGAUUCCUCGUCAGACUCUUCCACCAUACCGCCAUGGAGAGCCCCGGGGCACGGGCCGCCUCCUGAGGUGAUGCAAGCGUCUGCUCGAAGGGAUGAUGGGACCACAGACAGCGAUGAGGCAGUGCCCGAAUGGAAGAAAAAAUUUAAAUCCAUGCAGUCCAAAUCGACCGACACAAGCCAUGCUCAACAAUCCAAGGAUCAGCAACAGCAAGAGGAGGUGCCUGAGUGGAUGAAGAAGUUCCAAACCAUGAAAUCCAAACAACUGGACGAGAGUUCCCAAGGCGAAGCCAAGCCGGCGGCUUCCUCGAGGCGCCCUUCAGACCCGUCAUCCAAGGAAGACGAUGCAAAUCUUCCCGAGUGGAAGAGGAAGCUUAAGGCGAUGCAAUCUAAGCACCAAUCCGAGUCCCCCGUCGAACCCAAGUUUAAGCAAGACAAGUCAGAAGGUGACGUACCCGAGUGGAAGAAAAAGUUUAAUGAAAUGAAGCACAAAGAGUCUCCAGUUCCAGCUCCUGCUCCAUCAGAAGAGGUCAUCCCUGAGUGGAAAAAGAAGCUACAAGAAAUGAAAGGAGGGGAUGCUGUGCCAGAGGUAGCUUCUCGACCGGUUCAAGUAGCCACGGCACUGGUAUCUGACGGUACCCCCAGCAAGGCAAAGUCUGAGGAUCAGUCCGGGGCAACACCAUCGGAUACGGCUGCGUCUCAAAGUGGCGCCUCUCAGCCAAGUGCAGGUGGCGACGCUUCAGCUGCAGGCAGUGGAGCGGUAUCCGAUGCUUCCCAAGCUCAGGGGGCAGAGCAAGAAGAAGUUGUUGAGGAAAUUGUUGAGGAAGAAGUGAUAGUAGAAGAUGGCUCGCAGCAGGUGACAGCCGUUGGAUCUGCUUCAGGGUCCGCAAACGGGUCUGGCUCAGGUUCAGGGUCUGGUGCAGGGUCUGGUGCAGGGUCAGCGGCAGGUUCAGCGGCAGGUUCAGCAGCAGGGUCAGCGGCAGGUUCGGCACAGGAUUCAAACAAUAUUUUAGCAGCGGUGGGAGAAGAGGAAGAAGAGUUCAUUCUUGAAGAGAUCGUGGAGGAAGGUGUCACAAGGGAUAGCUACAUUGAGUUAGAGGUUGAAGAAGAUGAUUUGGGUGAAGCACAGUCGCAGGCAUCGACUCACGUAUCAAGCAAUGUUCAACCAGGCAAUGUCGAAGAGUUCACUUCUGUUCCACCUGCACCGGCACCGGAUGAUGAAGCUCAAGCGUAUGGGCAUAUCCUUCGACCCAUCCCACAGCAACCAGCUCAGCAACACCACCUGAACGGGAUAGUGCCGUCACAAUCAAGCGCCUUCGAGCCUCCACCAGUACGAGCGGGUUCCAGGAGCUCCUUCCAAGGCCAUUUGUCCCAAACCUCUGCUGCAUCUGGUCGGCUGUCCCAAGCCUCGGCAGAGCCGUCAAUACAUCUGUCCCAAAUGUCGCACAGGUCUACUUCUUCUUCCUCGGCCCCAACGUCGUCUGGACAGACAUCCUCGGCACAAUCCUCCUCGGCACAAUCCUCCUCGGCCCCAACAUCCUCCGCUCGGACUUCCAGCGCCUCAAUGCCUGCUCCCCCCGAUCCGGAAGGUGAGCUCAGCUCUAACGAAUCUAGUCAGAUUGAGCCUGAAGGAGUUGCUCCUGCUGAGUAUCCUCCGUCUAUCUCCGAUGAGGAAGCCAGGCUCUUGGAUCUUGCUUGGGAAAACGAGCUAAAGAAAGACGGCGGAAAACAGGAAAUGGGGUCAACCCAGCACUCUCAAGUUGCAAGUGUGUACGAAGAAGAAGUCCUUUUGUUGACGGAUUUCGCUCACGAAGAGCAAACUGGCGAUGAGGAAGGCGAUGGCACUGUUCAUGACGAUGAAGAGCGAGAACAGUUCAAAGACGAAGAAAACCAACAAGAGGAUGGAGAGGAAAAUGUGUGGAAAGACGAGCCGGAAGAAGGAGACACGAAAUAUGGCAUGGCGCAAACAGACAGUCAGGCACAGUAUAUCUAUCAGGACGAAAGGAGAAGUCCAGGAGAAAACCCCUUACUCAUGUUCCUGAUAUGUCUGCUAUUCUUGGGGCUUGUUGCCGCCGCCGUUUUGCUCGUCCUGGCUUUGCUUGAGUUGCCACCCUUUAACAAUGAACCAGAGAACACAAAUCCAACAAUGGCUCCAACAGCUACCUUUGUGGGGAACAAGCCAACUACGCCGAUGAGUCCCUUCGUACCAGGCCAGUGCCCUGUCGCGGGACAGGUGCAGCCCAACUUGUUGUCACAGUGCGAAUGCAAUGGUGAAAUCACAACAUUAGAAGCCAACACCAGAGCAAAGUACGAUGCCCUCCGAGAUUCUUUCAUCCUCAGAAUUUAUCCCAGCUGGUCUUUUCCCAUUGAAUCAUGCGACCCGGCCAACCAGGCACUCGUGUGGCUGUCGACAACUUCUCAGGAGGAUGAAACAGAUUUACUUCAACGCUAUGUACUUUCAUUCUUCUACUACAGCACAGAGGGACCGGAUUGGCGAUCAGAUGAGUACUGGCUCACAGAUGAACGAACAUGCAUGUGGUACGGCGUUGCAUGCACAAACGAUUUGAUCGCAUUGGUUGCCCUUGAAAACAACAGAGUUGCAGGUUCUAUACCAUGGGAGAUGGGUCUGCUUCUCGGCAUGCAAAGAUUGAACUUAGAUACUAACGUCAUGACCGGUACCAUUCCUGGCGAACUCUUUAUGCUUCCUGUGCUCGAAGAAGUGUCCCUCUCAUUCAAUAGGAUAGUUGGGUCGAUUCCAGCUGACAUUGUCGAUGCUUCAAAUCUGGAGGUACUACAAGUCAGCAACAAUCUUUUAGGUGGGAAUAUUGCAAGUGAACUUGGACAGGCUACAGCUCUAAGAACACUGGAUCUAGGAUUCAAUGACUUCCGAGGAGAGAUCCCAACUGAGAUGUUCCAACUGACAAGGCUCCAGUGGCUAAACUUUGAGAGCAACACACUUUUGACUGGUCGAAUUCCCACAGAGUUUGGAACAUUUACUGACCUGGAGUACUUUUCAAUAUCGAAUACAACCAUUCGAGCCCGCAUCCCAAGACAAUAUGAAGCGCUCACCAAGCUCACUGAUCUGAGAAUGGCAAAUACUCUAGUAGGUGGAGACAUCCCAGAAGAAGUUGCAGAUCUCACUGACCUGCUAAGUGUGGAUCUUGCAGACAGCAGAUUCCGUCAGACCAUACCAACAAUAAUGGGAAACUUCAAGAAUAUGACGGUGCUGCUUCUGAAUGACAAUGGUCUCACCGGAGAAAUUCCCAGCGAGCUUGGACUCCUGACAAAGCUUUCUUCACUUAUGCUUUCUGGCAAUGAACUGAGUGGAAUGGUCCCCACAGAAGUGGGCCAACUCACUUUGUUGGAAACUUUGACCAUGCAGAAGAAUCCCUUGUUAACUGGCCGGGUUCCAGGGGAAAUAUGCGGUCUAAGAAAGUUCAGCCUGAAUUCAUUCAGAGUCGACUGCCCUACACGAGAUCAAGCACCGAUAUGCGCUAUCCCAUCUUGCUGCACCUCCUGUGAUCGGUUACCCCCUUCUGGGUUUUAUUGAAGGGUUAGUUUAGUUCAUAACACGACUUAGCUAGUCGAUGCAUUUGCACGUUCACA